ACAAGAGGCAAAAGAAGCGUCUAAGGGGUCCAAAGACCCAUUCCUAGUAUAAAGAUGAAGCACUCCAAAGUGAUUCACAAGUGUCAAGUGUCUUCAGGUAGACCAUUGCACCAAUAUUCAAACCCUCAAGGACAGAAUACACAGCCAACAAAAAUUCCAAACACCUCUUUGUCAGUGCCAUAUAUAGGUGACUGAAUCAGGACUUAAGUUCAUUUAUUAUCAGGUCACUGCAGACCUUCUUCCAAGGAAAGAAGACACCGCAUCACCUUCCACAGCUCCAAUCUACUACUUAAAUCCAGUUGACGGCGACACCAGUCAAUCUUUUAACCAUGCCUCACUUCGAAGAGCCGGCGCCUGCCUACUCCCCAUCAUCCUUCAAUAACGAAUACUCACGACCUGAAAUGUCUAAAUCGUUUUUUGGCUCCUUCAAAGAUAAGCUGUCCCGCAAGUCGAUUUCGUCUUCCCAGAAGUCAAGGCACGCCACGCAGUCCAACAUGACCCGAAGCAACAACCCUUUCGCCGGCCUUUCGCUAACCAAGAAACCCGACUGUGAGUCCUGUCCCAGCGUUACAGUGACUCCCCCGACGCCGACCGGUAAUUCUCACUAUCCUCCAGCCCCCUUGCAAGCCCCUCCCGCCUACACCGCGACGGCGCCACCUCAGUCCGGCGACGACUACCUGGCGUCACUAAGUAGCCCGGCUAGAAGUCCGUCACCGGCCCCAUCCAACGCCGGUUCCGUCAUCUCCGCCUCCGGUAUAUCGGUCUCCACGCCUGAGGACCGCUACGCCUUCUUGUCGUCAUUCGACACCAUUUUCGUUGUUGACGAUUCGGGUUCGAUGUCCGGCCGAUCUUGGCCCGAGGUGGAGAACGUCCUCCACGCUAUUACUCCUAUCUGCACAUCCCAUGAUGAUGACGGCGUCGACCUGUACUUUCUCAACCACAAGACGUCAGACAGCGGCAACAUCAAAACUGGGAAAGCCGGCGGCGGCUACUACGGUAUCCGCCGCGCCGAGACAGUCCAUGAGAUAUUCACCACGGUCCGUCCCAGAGGCGGCACACCCACUGGUCAGCGCCUCCACUCCAUCCUCCGGCCUUACCUGCAGCUCCUCGAACAGAGCAAGGGCGACUUCGAGAGCGUCAAGCCGAUCAACAUCAUCGUCAUCACCGACGGCGCACCAUCGGACGAUGUUGAGUCUACUAUCAUCUCUGCGGCCAAGAAGCUCGAUAGACUCGAUGCCCCUAUGCACCAGGUCGGCGUGCAAUUCUUUCAGGUCGGCAACGAGCCCGGCGCCCGUGAGGCGCUUCGAGAGCUCGACGAUGAUCUCGGUGAUAGAGUCAACGGUGAUCUUCGCGACAUGGUCGACACUGUCACCUGGGAGCACGGUACCCGGGGCGUGCUCACAGCAGACAGCAUCCUGAAAGUGGUACUCGGCGCGGUGGUCAGACGUCUCGACCGCCGUCGUACCAGUGGCGAGAGUCGUCGCUGAAAGUGGCCAGCUGCAGUCCUUCCCCUUCUUUCCUUGCUUUCUUGUUACUCAUUUCAGGCGUUAAUGGCGUUACGGCCGAUAAAAUCGGCACAUUGGCCCUUAGCAAGAUGGUUUGGGCCAACACUAGGUAGAUACCCACGAUAAGUUGUCCGAAAUGCCCUCACGCAUAAAAAUGGGCAGACAUGCAUAACUCACGCCGUCCGGCGAGGUCUCUUCGACCUGAUGCACCUUCCGAAUCAACGUAGCAGUGUUCAGUAGUAGAUUUCAGGCUUAAAUAAAAAAAGAUUUUUCUUCCAGAUGAGACAAAGUGAUUAGUUCGGCAGGAGAAAAAAAGAGCGUGGGGGGUGGACCAAGUUGUAGUUCUCCGUGUCGGGACGCCCAUUGAGUUGAUCC